AUGUUUGAAAUACUUGUUGGUGCCAAAGACUGUCAAGUUGAAAGUGUGAGUGAAGUGAUGAGCUUGUUGGAAACUAUGAAUGCCACCCAAAUGAAUGAACAUUCCACCCAAUUUUAUGCUAUUUUUAUAAUCGGCAUUUGUCAACCUUUGCCGAAUGAAAAGGAUGUAGAUUCUGCACAAUACUCAUCUUAGAGUUCAGGGCAGUUUAUUAUUUCCAGAUUUCUAUUUGUUAACCUUGCAAGAUCAGAAAUGGUAACUAAAACUGGGAACAAUGGAGAAAGCUUUAAAGAAUCAGUUCAGAUCAAAAUUGGUGCUCUGGGGAAUGUGAUAAGUGCUCUUGGAGACUCAAAGAGAAAAAGUAAAAAUGCGCAUAUUCUAUAGAGAGCUGCUAAAAUCCCACAUAUUCUUAAGGAUUCCUUAGAAGGCAUUGCCAAGACUGUCAUAAUAACUUGUAUUAGCUCUCCUUCUGAUUUUGAUGAAUCAUUAAACUCCAUCAAAUAUGCCAACAGAGCCAAAAGUAUUAGAAAUAAACCUGUUGUCAUCUACAACCCAGUCUGGGAACAUACUGAUGAAAUAAAGCUUGAAAUCAAAUUGCUCCUGGAAGAUUUGCAAAACCAGCAAGUCAGUGGAUGAACUCGUGGCAAUCAAGGGUUUCAGGAUUCCUCAUGGGGCAGAAACAAGAUUCAUUCUAUUAAGGAAUAGCUUGCCCAGCUUCAGGUAGAAGGUUUUCGUUACCAAAAUUGCAUAGAGAGAGUCUGUGUAUUCCUUGUUGACUUUAAAAUAUUGUUAGCUUACAGUCAACAGGAAAGAUUUCCAGGUUGGCUCUGCAUGGCUCAGGAACUAUGGCAAGAGGCUUCAACUAUUCCCAAAUAAACAGUGGGAGGAUACCACAAGGGGACGUAUCAUAUCACCAUUCUUCUGCUGAAAAGGGAGCUGAAAAAGUGUGCGUGCGUACUGGCUACAGAUGCAGAUGUGUUCAGUAAAAAGGAACUUGAACUAAAAGAACUGCAAGUUCAAACACAAAAACUUAUAAAGGAGAUUCAAGAAUACCCAGUAUCGUUCAAGGAAGCAUAGGAAACAAACAAGUUACAGGUAAAUUCUACAGGUAAAACACAGAAAAUAAUCGGAAAAUAUGAAUUUGAGUUGUGUCAGAAUUUUAUUGAGUUGGAUCCAAAACUGUCCUUGUAA